CCAUGUGCAUGACACUCCCCACCCUCGCUUCUUGCUGCUUUUUUGCAAGGGAAGAAUCUAUCUUUUAACUCUCUCUCUCUCUCGAGGAAGAAGAGAGAGAGAGACGUGCAGUUCUAAUCAUGGAGUUUCUUCUGGCAAUCCAUGUGCAUCAAUGGCCUCGGCCCACUUCGCUUUAUUUUACACUUCUGUUCAGUCUCUCUUUCUAGCCGAUCUUUAAGUUAAAACUCUUCUUUUCCUCUCUGUAUAUAUACACCCACACAUACGCGUAUACUCCUUGAAGUGAAAAAACAAGACUUGAAGAGCAAUUCUUGAACCGAUGAACAGUACCGGUCCAACACCUUGCAGCCGAUCUUGGUCCAUUAGCGAGGACUCACUGAGAAGGUACGUACACUUUGCUAGCGAAAGCUGCAUACAAGAGUUGCUGUCUGCCUCCGAUUCGAAUAGGUUUGGCAAUGUUGGUAAUGAUGGAUGGAAGAUUCUAACUGAUCUAGACAAUGGGGUAGAGAUAUCAAAACGUAGGUCUGGAUCAUUCCACACCUUUCGCAGCCGUUGGCUGCUCAGAUCAGUCUCCCCUCAACAAUUCAUCACUGUUGCCAAUGCCAUUGAUGCUGCUAAGCAAUGGGAGCAGGACCUGGUGGAAGCUAGAUACAUAAAGGACCUUGAAGAUAAUCUCAGCAUAAUCCGUCUGAGGUUCGGAGAGAACUCUAAACCUUUGUUUAGAAACAGAGAGUUUAUAGUAUACGAGCGACGGGAAACAAUGGAAGAUGGAACCCUGGUGGUGGCAGUAGCUUCAUUGCCAAAAGAGAUAGCAGCAGGAUUGCAUCCAAAGCAAAAUAAUGCUAUCAGAGGACUUUUGCUGCAGUCAGGGUGGGUGGUGGAGAAGCUUGAGGAUGAUUCCUGUAUGGUCACCUAUGUCGUUCAGUUGGAUCCUGCUGGAUGGCUGCCCAAGUGCUUUGUGAACAGGCUCAACACGAAGCUGGUUAUGAUCAUUGAAAACCUCAAGAAAUUAGCACAAGGUUGUCCAGCUGAUGGCGACAAAUGAUACCGAACUUGUUUUCUUUUUCCUUACAAAAAAAAAGUGGCAAAAUCAAUGGAAGAAAGGAAAUAUCGUAUAAAGUAAGAAUGAUAUGCUGUUUUCCACACUCUUAUACAUUAAUUAUUCAGCUCUA